CACGUUCGUAAGGUCUUGUCCAAUUGCUGAUUCCGUCGACUUUCUGUAAUGAAUUAAAACACGUGCGCUUUAAAAUAAUAUUAAGUAUACUUGCUGUUGAAGAAUUCUCGAUAGACUUACGUAGCAUCAAUGGGUCUGUCGACCGUGAAAAGACUGGUGGACCCGUUUAAUCCGUACAGAAUAAUUGCUUAUUACGCUUUAAUUUUUGUGGUUCGAGCUGACGGAAAUGUGAAAAAUUCUAUAGUGAAAACAGAACUGGAAGGACCGAUCCAGGAGCUUCUGGGGAAUAUCAUUGCAGCUGGUGAGGAUGAACGUUUGCUUAGUGAGUUUUCAAGCGAUGGGAGAGGCCGUGAAGCAGUUGUACUGCACCAAGGAAAUGAGAAGGAGAUUAUUCAUCAACGACCUCAGGGACCGGUAGAAUUACCUCUUCCUUCUGCGACCAACGAUCACAGUGCAGAAACUGGCAGUCUGGAGUCCCUGCAAAAUCAGUUCUGCACGUCGACUGGAGUCCCGGACAACGAAGGGCCUAGCAGCACUAGGACAAAGGACAGACGCUUCCAGAACGUGUUCAACUUCCUGCCUGUGUUGGCUCCAACGUCUGACCGGAUAAGAAACGAGGCUUGCCGGAAGCAUAGCAAAAUCUUCGUGCAUCAAUUGAAGCUGUACAAGCUUUGGGCCUUGCAAAUGUAUGAUUCCUCAGCCAAAUUGCCGUCCGGCAUACUGAGGGGCAAUGCGAACCAGUUGGGUGAUUUUGACCAGUGUCUCGCGUUGACCGCAGACGAUCUCUCGUCCAACAUCGAAGGCAAAUAUUGUCUGGCUUCGGUGGACGUGCAGUCAACUACAAUGGACAGCGAUGACACCGUCAGCUUAGAGCAGGCUGUUCACCUUGUACAGUCUUACGGAUUAAUCAGAAGCACUUACAACGACCCAGGACACUUCAUCCCACAGUUCACAACCAUCAAGUGGGCGAUGUGUGUUCCAGCCAUCUGUUCGUCUGUAGACGUUGAGCAGACAUUGGUACAAGCGCUCCAAGAUUACAAUGAAACGACCGGAGUCAGGUUUGAUGUUCACGUAGACCCAGACAUGUGUUACGUCAAAGAAGAGACGCGACACCCUCUGGGUACAGCUACCGUCUGCACGCUGGCGUUCUUUGCAGUUGUGAUCUGUUUAACAGCAAUUGCUACGUUCAGAGAUAGCAGACAGGGCACACAGCAUCCACAAGAGCAAGGUCAGUUGGAGAGAGUUGUCAUGGCCUUCUCGGUGCGAAAGAAUGUCAACGAGUUGCUCGCCGAUCUACCAUCUGAGGGUGACAUCAACUGCAUCUACGGAGUUCGGGCUCUCUGUACCGUCCUGCUCUACCUCGCCCACAAAGUUAUCACGUUUGCAUUCAGCCCGUACUCCAACAGAGUUGUAUUCACUGAGGUUACUAAUAAAUCCUGGGGAACAGUUUUUCGAGCGUCGCUGGUCUACACCGACUCCUUCCUGUUCUUGAGCGGGGUCCUGACGUCUUUCAACAUGAGCAAGGAGAUGGAGAGGAAGAAACACAUAAACUGGACCAAGAAGUACUUGGCGAGAUUCAUUAGACUGACACCAGCGCUUGUAGCCGUGUUGCUGUUCUACGCGUACGUACUGGAGCAUCUGGGAGCUGGGCCGCUGUGGCAUUUGGUCGUCAAGAGGAACGCAGACCUCUGCAAGGAGAGCCUCUGGAGAAAUAUCAUCUACAUCCAGAACUUCUUUCCGUUUGAAAAGAUGUGCGCAACUCACACCCAUCAGUUGGCCCUCGACAUGCAACUGUCACUUCUGUCGCCGCUACUAGUGACACUCCUGUGGCAGUGGCGUGUCUGCGGAGUGCUGGUGCUGUUAUGCCUCCACGCCCUGUCUGCUUCUCUGCGUUACUUAGCAACACUCCAGCAUCAUCUGUCACUCGUCAUCUUCCAUGGCAUGUCUGUGACACAGUUGUAUCAAACUGCAAACCUCAGUUACAGCCAAUCAAUCCACAGAGCGACUCCGUACCUGCUGGGAGUUUCCUUGGGGUUCCUACUGCAUAAGACUGACAAACACGUUCACGUCCCGAAGACAGCUGUUUGGGCAGGCUGGUUACUGGCCAUCUACUUUGCGUACCUCUCCCUGCUUUCACCGUCUAAUCUCGGGCUAAGAGACUACGAAUAUGAUGUUCACUAUGCAUCAACAUAUGCAGCUUUUUCGCCUAUCAUCUGGUCACUAGCUCUUUCGUGGCUUGUGUGGGCGUGUUUUACGGGUUACGGAGGUUACCUGAAUACGUUCCUUUGCUGUAAAGGUCUGGUGAUAUUCAGUCGAAUAUCGUACGCUGUGUAUCUCACACAAUUCGCUGUUUUUUUCUACAAUGUUGGCAGCAUCAGAGCCUCCGGGGAAUUCAGCGUGUUAAGAGGAGUUGACGUGGUAGAAGUACUGACGGUUGUUGUGGUUUCCGUUGCACUGACUCUCCUUUUUGAUUUACCAAUGCAGCACAUUAAAGCAGUUCUUAUGGGCGUUGGAGGUCGGGAGAAUUCUGCAGCUACGAUGGACACGUGGGAAUUGAUAAGGGAACUUGGUGAUUUUGUAGCACCGUUUUCGCAUAAUAUUCCGGAUACAUUGUGUAAGAAUCACAGCCUUGCUUAUUUCAAUGGACUGCUAAAUGGAACAUCAUGGGCCAAGAGCAUGUGGGAUUCUUCAGCGAAAUUACAGUCUGGUCUCUUGACGGGGAACCUCAACUCGUUCGGCAACUUUGACGAAUGCAUCUCCGUCACAGACGUCCAGCACGAGAAUGGAAAUUUCAGCGGACAACAUUGCCUCACGACUCUAAACCUUGUUAACGUAUCAAAAACUGACGUCAUGGGAAACAUUCUGGGGCAGAUCAUGGAUCAAGAGGAAAUGAUAAAUAUGGGGCUGGGAUCACUGUUGUCGAAAGGUAUGCGCUGGGGCAUCUGUAUUCCGUCUUCCUGCACACCUGAAGACCUGACUGUUGCAAUGUCGGCAUAUUUCGGUAACGAAUCCGGCGUCAAUGUUUCUGUCAACGACACGGACUGCCAUACUGAAUCAGCAAAUCACUUCAGCUCAGUUGAUAAUGCUGCUAUAAUAAUUUUUCUUGGGCUCCUGUUGGUUGUUAUUCUGAGUACUGGAUACGAAUUUUUUAAAGAAUUCAUGAACGGAGAUAUAAUUCGGAGAUGGAAUUUACAACCAUCUUCCUCAACCAUAAGUCUGGCCUCCAUGGACACAAAUCCUACGACAUCUACUUCGGGUUUUGAAGCGCAUCCUCAUGGAGCAAAAUAUCCUUCUGAAAUGCCUCGGACAGGAGUUGUGGAAAUUUCUUGUUCGAAUGGAGAAGGAUCAAGUCGUCAACUGCUGUACCCAGGACCUUCUCAAUCAAGUCUGACUAGAUCCGGUUCGGGAUACCUGCCUGAUGGUUCUCAUUCAUCGUCAUCAUCAAAUCAGUCUUUACAUCCGAAGGCGAUGACCCAGUUCCUCGAGGCACAGGCAAGUCGUCGACGCGAAGAAGCUUUGAUGGAAACGCCUCAGACUACAUCAACCGAAUCUGAGAAAGGCUUGGCACCAGAAGGGAAUGUUACAGAGAUAUUUGAAGCAGGAACAAAUAUUCCUCAACAACCCGAAGAUGCUUCGCCAACACGAACACCAACACCCUUAGACUCCGAAUUUGACCCUUGGACUACUUUCUCUCUACUAAGCAAUGGGAAGAAAGUCUUCAGUUUUGAACAUCCAAAAUAUACGCUAAAGUCACUCUACGGUAUAAAAUUCCUGAGCAUUUGCUGGGUUAUCAUUGCUCAUACCUGUUCCAUGACAGACAGUCUGCCAGCAAUAAACUACAUGAACAUCACACAGUUCACCAGUCGGUGGCCCGCCGUUCUGCUACUGAACGUCUCCCUUUCCGCCGACACUUUCCUGGUCAUCAGUGGAGUCCUGAUCACGUACAACUUCCUAACGGACAUGAAACGACGAGGCAUCUAUCGUCGGACCUCAAAUCGUCUGUCCAGGACUGGACUCCAGGGCAAAUUCUUCAUUCGCUAUUUGCCGGUCUAUUAUUUACACCGUUAUGCCAGGUUGACCCCUGCGUUAGCCGCCGUGUUGCUGUUUCAAGUCAGUCUCCUUAAACAUCUGGGCUCUGGACCGUUUUGGGAUGCUGGUAACGGCUAUGACGCUGAAGUGUGUCGUGAGAAUUGGGCCGGUACCCUGACCUACUUGCAGAAUUAUAUAAGUCCAGAUAAAAUUUGUCUAGUGCACAGUUGGUAUCUGAUGGUGGACAUGCAGUUGUACGUAAUUUCUCCGAUAAUCUUACUGCUCCUGUUGGCGUGGAACAAGAAGAGGGCUCUCAUUACUGUUGGUGUCCUGAUUUGGGUAGGAAUGUUUGUGACCUUCAACGUCAACUACUGGUUGAAGCUGCCCGUUGGUCUCCCGAUCGAUGAGCGAUCAAAGUGGCCACUGAAGAACAUGUAUGAUAACGUGGCAACGCAUACGCGAUUUUCCUCUUGGAUGAUUGGAAAUGCGGUCGGUUACAUCCUCUACAGCUACAGAACGAAGGGGAAGAUAGAAAUCGAAAUGAGUCCUACUACUUUGCUGUUCGGGUGGGUUUCUACCACUAUGGCAUUCGUGUAUUCCCUGUUCGGAGUUAUUACCUUCCAGCAUCCCAACUAUGAGGUCCUUGCAGUUUCGGACGCAUUAUAUAACAGCACCUACCACGCCUUUUGGUCACUGGGUGUAGGAUGGAUCAUUAUUGCCUGUGAGUCAAAUUACGGAGGUGUUAUUCACUCGAUGUUGUCAUGGAAGCUGUUUCAGCCUCUUAGCCGACUUACCUUCUGUAUGUACCUGGUACAUAUGCCGCUGAUGGCAUCUAAAGCAUUUAUGACUAGAGUUCCUAUCUACUCCAGCGGAAUUAAUGUUCUAUGUCCCAUCUUCGGAGACAUACUCUCUUGCAUUCUGCUUGCCAUCGCCCUGUCGUUAUGUGUGGAGCUGCCUUUUAUCAGGCUGUUCAAAUACGUUACUAUGAAAGUGGGACUUCCAGUCAGACAAACUACUCCUCUGAAUGGAAGCUGGUCCUUGCCAGAAAGAGUUCCCCUGUUGCGUGACUUGGCAAUUGGUAGUUACCAGGCACUAGCCUCGCGUAUGAGAAUUUGCAGCCAGACUACACGAACACAGUCGACGGCUAGUAUUUCUAAUUUGGCACCUAUACGUGAAAGGAUUCCCAUGCCACCUGCUUCAGCAGUUCAACAAGUUACAACUUUGCACCAGGAGGGUGAUUCACAAACUGGAGUCGGUUCCUCUGAGAUUUCUCAGCAAGUCACUUCAAAACACGCUAAGUUGUCUUCAGAUUAAGUCUUAAAAUAAACGGUCACCCGAAGGAUAUUUCAAUAUAUACAUUUCCAAUAUGACUUAUAUUAAUUCGUUAAUAGGGUAAAACAUUUUCCAUUUGUUUUGAUGAAUCUGGAAAUGAUUGUCUACAUUUAAAUAUGAAAAAAUUAAAAUUUGGUAAACUUUUUUAUAGAUUUUAUAUUUCUCCAAACGUCUGUUUGAACAAUACACAUGAAUAGUUUUCAGACUUUUGUUAAA